AUGGAAGAAGUGUUACUACUUAUAACAACGUUCGUGUCCUGUGCAGGCUGUAGCUUUCUAUUGGCUACAUGGAAACGAGUCGAAUCACCUAAUUAUGUUAGCCGACGUAUUGUAACAUCGAUAGGGUUUUCUGGUCUCCUUACUACUGUUGCCUUUUCCAUGUCAAUAUUUGUCAAUGGAAAUGGACAGAAUUAUCGGCAUUAUGAAGGACUAUGCUACAUACAGGCCUUGACAUUGCAGUACUUUUAUUUAGCAUCAUACCUCUGGACAGCUUGUUUUGCCUUCCAUCUGUACCAGCUUAUUGUAAAGCGGAACGAGUACUCGGAGGUGUUUUUGUGGGUCUAUCGUGGUAUUGGAUGGGGACUACCUGGUUUUGUGCUGCUUUAUCUAGUGCUUCGUCAAUUGACUGGACAUAUUGGAGUCGGUGGAGCUGAUCGCCGAUGGUGUUGGAUUGCGAAUUACACUACGCAAGAAGAAACAGGAAAAGACCCGCUUGCCUGGCAACGUACAGGCGCGUUGCAGCAAUUCUUGCUACUUUACGUACCUGUUCUUAGUGUGUUUGUCUUCAAUGUGGGCAUUUACCACAGUAUUCUUAAGUUCCUGAACAUGGAUCCCAUGGCAUCACGUUUCCGAGAAAAGGUAAAGCUUUACCUGGGCAUUAUUCUCGUUUGUUCGGUAUGGGGAAUAACCAACAGGUUGGUGCAAUUCUUCCGCGCUGACCACACACCGAUCGAGUUUCUAAGUGUGAUGGAAAGCAUUUGUGAUCCGCUGCAGCCACUGCUGAACGCUAUAGCAUACGGAACGAACAAGCAGUCUUUGCAAGCGUACAAAGAUCGGUUUUGCCCUAGCUGGAUCCAUUCGUCGGUACCGUCGUCUGACGAAGAAGAAGAGUCGUCAGGAAUAGACGACUCUCCUUUGCUUCCCCGCAUUGACGAUUCAAUGGCUCAUGUGUCAUUGGACCCUCUUGAUCGUGAAUUUGGCCAUUACUUUGACCGACGAGGGCGACGUAGCAAGGCACACCGUAUGCAGUCGAAGGAGAAGUGUCUGAGUACUAAACCAGUCUAG